GUAUUUAAUGUGCUAGUUGUGGUGUAAGUUAAGUGGUAGUGUAGUUUAGUUUCCUAAAUGCUAUCUAAUUCUAGGCCCACAUCUGCUUAGCUUACAGAGUUAGAUGUAGUUAGAUAGCCGCACCUGAAUGGACAGGAUGUGCCAGCGCGGGAGAGCCGAGCCAAGGGUAACGGGGCUUUAUAUGAUUUUCAUAUAGUUACCCGGAUGGUGUACAGAUCGCACAGGAAUUAAAUGGUACUGGAUGAACGAUCGGGCUAGGUCUCCGACUGGGAGUGAAGAGUGAUCUGCUUCCAUGCCUGGAACAAGUUCACAGUGCAUACUCUGACAGUCCAAAGGUUACCUGCACCAUUGUAGAUGGGGCAGCCAUCAUCCAGAUGCUGAAACCAAGUUCAGUAAAAACCUUCAAUGACUAUGCCCAUGUGAUCUUCAUUCCAUAUCUGACCAGAAAGUUUGAAACUGUGUCCAGGCUUGAUCUGGUGUGGGACCGCUACUUGUCUGACUCUCUGAAAGCUGCUACGAGAGCAAAGCGUGGCACUGGAAUUCAGAGACGUGUGGUAGGUGAUGCAGCCAUUCCCAGGAACUGGCAAAACUUUCUUAGAGUUGACAGCAAUAAGACUGAGUUGUUUGCCUUUCUCUCGGAGGCUCUGCUCAGAUGGUUUGUGCAGGAGGAUAAACAGCUUGUCAUCACAAGUGACAUGGAAGUCCUUAGCAAGCCACCUCUCCCAGAUAGGACAUCGAUUGCUCCUUGCACGCAUGAGGAAGCGGAUAGUCGCAUGUUAUUGCACGUAGCCCAUGCAGCAAGAAACGGCCACCACAAAAUUAUGAUUCAAACAGUUGAUACUGAUGUUGUGGUGCUGGCUGUGGCAGUGGCUCAGACUCUACAACCAGAGGAUGAGCUUUGGUUGGCUUUCGGUACUGGUAAGAAUUUUCGAUAUUUGGCAGCCCAUGAAAUUGCAGCAGGGCUCGGGCCCGAGAAAGCAUGUGCACUACCAGUGUUCCAUGCAUUGACGGGUUGUGACACUGUGUCAAGCUUUGUUGGCCAUGGGAAAAAGACUGCAUGGGCUGUAUGGUCUGUGCUUCCAGAACUUACACUUGCCCUGUUGAAAGUGUCUUCAGCCCCAGAUGACAUACCACAGGAGGUAAUGGCCACAAUUGAGAGGUUUGUUAUCUUAGUCUAUGACCGAACCAGCACAUGUACAGAAAUCAAUACGGCAAGGAGGAAGUUAUUUGCAAAGAGGCACAAUGUGCAAACAAUCCCCCCUACCAAGGCUGCCCUAGAAGAGCAUGUUAAGAGAGCUGUAUACCAAGGAGGGCACGUGUGGGGUACAGUCCUGGUGUCAACACCAGAACUACCUUCACCGUGCGAAUGGGGCUGGUCAAAGUCACCUGAGGGGGACUAUGAACCCUUCUGGACAUGCCUACCAGAUGCAGGCCAGUCAAGUUAUGAACUUGUCUCAUGCAAAUGCAAGAAAGGUUGUGUUGGGCAGUGUAAGUGCAAAAAAUCCCACUUACAGUGCACAGCCCUUUGUGUCUGUGAAGGCGAGUGUGACUGGUCUUCCCUGUGAUAGACCCUAGGUUUCCCUUGCUUAACAUGAGUAUUUUGAGAUAGAAAGAAGAUUCUUAGAAAUUCCAAAGUUCCCAAAUCAAAUUCUGCAUCAAGAUAAAUGUAUAAUUAAACAUAGAGAUCAUCCAUAUCUAACCAGUUGGCGGCCAUUUUGAAUUUUCAAUGAAAAUGUUCCA